GCUGCCACCCCCACCUUCCAUCAUGAAUGAUGAACAGACCCUGAACAGGAACGCGGUGGCUUGGCUGGUCUGCUCGGCCCUCUCGGUCCUGGCCAACGCCUGGAGCAUCCUCAGCGUGAGCGCCAAGCAGAAGAAAUGGAAGCCCCUGGAGUUCCUGCUCUGCACGCUGGCCGGCACGCACAUCCUUAACAUCGCUGUCCCCAUCACCAUGUACUCGGUCAUCCAGCUCCGCCGGCAGCGCUCCGACUACGAGUGGAACGAGGGUCUGUGCAAGGUCUUCGUCUCGACCUUCUACACCUUGACCUUGGUCACCUGCUUCUCGGUCACCUCGCUGUCCUACCACCGGAUGUGGAUGGUCCGCUGGCCGGUGAACUACAGGCUAAGCAAUACCAAGAAGCAAGCCGUCCACAGCGUCAUGGGCAUCUGGAUGGUGUCCUUCAUCCUCUCCACGCUGCCAGCCGUGGGCUGGCACGACACCACUGAGCGCUUCUACACCACCGGCUGCCGCUUCAUCGUCACCGAGAUCGGCCUGGGCUUCGGCGUCUGCUUCCUGCUCUUAAUCAGCGGCAGCAUCGUCAUGGGCGCCGUGUGCGUGGGCAUCACCCUCUUCCAGACGCUCUCCAUCCAAGCGGGCCACAACGCCGACAAAAACAAGUUCAAUGUACCAACCAUCGUGGUGGAAGACGCCCAGGGCAAGCGGCGCUCCUCCAUCGACGGAUCCGAACCCGUUAAGACUUCCCUGCAGAUCACCUACUUGAUCGCCGGAAUCGUUUUCAUCUAUGACUUCCUAAUGGGAUUCCCCAUACUGGUGGUGAGCGUUGCCAGUCUGAAAUCGGACACGGCCUACAACUGGAUGGUCCUGUGCGUGCUGUGGUGCUCGGUCGUGCAGUCCCUCCUGCUCCCGUUCUUCCUCUGGGCCUGCGAUCGCUACCGGGCUGACAUCAGAGCCGUCUGGGAGAAGUGCAUGGCCGUGAUGUCCAAUGACGACACGGGAGAAGAAAACAACCUGGCUGGCGCAAUCCACACCGACCUGAUGUACGAUCAGAGCUAUGAUUACAACUUUGCCGGGGAUGUGUUGACCUUGGACCACAUUGCCAAAUAUGACCUGUCAGUGCUGGAGCGGGGCCUCCCCCAGGCUUACCCCGUGAAGCCCCCGCCAGAGGACAAAAUGCAGUACCUCCAGGUCCCCCCCACCCGGCGCUUCUCCCACGAUGAGACAGACGUCUGGACGACGGGGCAGAUCUCGGCCUACCUCCAGCACUGGGGCGCGGGUGAGGACAUGGCGGCCGGGCUGGCCCAGCUCCUCCUCCCGCGGCCCGGCUACAGCCACCGGCCGAGGAGGAGCAGCAGCGGCCUCCUCGCCUACCAGGAGGACGGGCGCCUGUCCCGCAAGCGGCGCAAGUCGGCCGAGAGCACCUUGUCCCUGCGGCCCUUCUCCUGCGAGGACGUCUGCAAGGAGGGAGGCCACUGGUGCUUCAGCAAGGAGGAGGGGCUGAACUUCGCCGACGCCAGCCCCGCACCCAGCCCCAGGAAGGCCCCCCUGCGCGCGGCCUCCGUCUCCCUGCUCCCGGACAACCUCCACUUCCCCUUGACCCACUUUGAGCGGGAGCCCCAGGCGCUGCGGAGCUUCGCGGCCCAGGGGCAGAGGUGCUCCUUGAGGGUGCCCGGCCCCGCCCUGGCCCACGAGGAUGCCAAGAACCUUUUCCCCCAAGGGAGCGAGGGCCCCCCCCGCCUCGAGCGGAUCCACAUUGAGCUGAGCGAGGCCCCCACGCCGGAGGACUGCCGGCCGAGCAGCAGCUGCUCCGAGUCGGAGGGCUUUCGGACAGGUCUCAGCCCCUCCUGGGGCGGCCAAGAGGCCCUGAGCAAAGGCGGCAGCACCAGCAGCUUCCUGAGUUCGCCGUCGGCCUCCUCCGGGUACGUGACGUUCCACUCCGAUUCCAGCGGCUCGGCCUCUUAG